AUGGCGCCCUCGUUCACGGAUGCCUGGAAGACUGCGAUAGAAGCUGAAAAGGAGCUUCUGCAAUGUUUUUCGCAAGAACGGCGCACAUUCGAUGAGUUCGAACAUUUCCUCUCCGAGUUCCGGACCUCUUCUCAAAAUGCAAUCCUCCUCGACUUCAAUGCUGCUCGUGAGGUUGAUGUGGAGAGUCGCCUUUGGGAUGCGCACUUGAAAGUGAAUAAUCGGUUUCGCAAGCAGUUGAUUCGCUUUCGCGAAGAGCACGGCAAGAAAAAACCAGUUGAAAGGCGAAAACUGGAACGCCACUACCUCGAUUUUAUCAAGUCAAGCCAGCGGUUUUAUCGAGGAUAUAUACAACAUUUGUCAUCGCGCUUUGGGGGGAUUGUUGAGUUGGAGAGAGUAGCGCGCAAGUUCAAUUUUGAAAGUAAGAUAAGCACACAAGUUGCGCGCCGGGUUUCUAGACACGCUGACCCGUGGUUCUUUCUAGAUCUGUCCGGCCAACCUCCUAUCAAGCCCUCCAAUGAUCUGCGCAGGCUCAUUCUCCAGUCAUGUCACGCGACCCUUAUUAGGCUGGGAGACCUCUCCCGCUAUCGUGAAUCGGAACUCGUCAGCAAAGAUCGCAACUGGGGCCCUGCUAUCGGUUAUUAUGAUCUGGCGUCGGUGAUCAAUCCUGCAUCAGGUGCAUCUCAGAACCAGCUGGCAAUCAUCGCUCUCGCGGAUGGAAAUCAUCUUCGUGCUACCUACCAUUUAUACAGAGCCCUUUCAGCUCAGGAACCUCAUCCUACUGCGAAGGGCAAUUUGGAGAUAGAACUCCGAAAAAUCAUGAGCGCCUGGGCUAAACGAGAGCUGAUCCGCCCCGAAGAUGCCGGUAUCCCUGGAAGGGCCUUGACUCCGUGGUUUCUCUAUCUUCAUGCCAAAUGUUACAAGGGAACCGACUUCCCGGAGCACGAUGAGUUGGAGAGUGAAGUUCUUAGUCAACUAGCAGUUGAAAUUAGAGAACGGUCACUAGAAGGGACGCUUCAAAAGUUCUGUCUCAUUAAUAUCGCGGCCGAGGAUUUUGCUAAGGUCCGGUCAACUGAGGAGUCUAUCUUGGAUGCACGUGUCUUUUUUCAACGCAUCAAUGUCAAGACAUUUUUCACCUUACUGCAAAUACUUUUAGUCGAAUUAGAACGGACUGCUUCUUUCGAAGAUUCAAACAGCAAAGACGCAAUGCCUAUCCCAGACAAGGUGUCUGUGGUUGCUCGCCGGAUCCUGCCCGCGCUUCGCCAUUACAGCUCCUGGCUACUUACAAAUAGCCAGUCUCUAGUUGAGCAGAAAGAAGAAAAAGAUUCGGCACUCUCGAUUCAAAUCAAAGAGUUCUGGAAAAUAUAUGCUGGUACGCUGAGCCUGCUCGCAUCCUCGUUCGAUGUGGUCAGCCUUCCCGAGGUCGAUUAUCUAUUGGAAGAAGACGAAGAAAGUCUUGGGUUUGCACCUCUGGAUCAAGAUGCCACUACUCGCCGGUACGUUGGAUGUGGUGAUCGGUCAAAGCCCCGGAUGCAUGAUCUUGGAAUUGAAAGAAGUCACCCCAACAUGGAAAUGCUCUAUCGAAUUCGUGAAUUCGUGAUUGAUGGACUUGACUUAGUUGUGAGAGGAAAAAUUCCGGUGGCUCUUGUGGAUAGUGAAGAUAAGAAGACAUUUAUCUAUCAGGAAGAGGAUCUGCCUCCGCAGUUCUAUUCCAGCCCUCAUGGCCGCCAGCAUGCACUUUCCGCUUCAAGCAUCGAGCGUGAGGAUAUCCCACAGGCCAUUCAAAAUCCAUACUCUGCCGCAGAAGCCCAAAGUCUGUUCGGCGGUUCCCAGUCUGCAUCGGCAUCUAUGUCCGCCAACAUGCAUCAGAUCGUUGAGGGCGUUGAGCGACUUGUUGACUCGGACACGUAUGAAACCCCGGCCAAUGACAAAUUUACUUUCCUGAGCUCGACGGAGAUAUCAACACCUACGCAUGUUUCACCCAAUGCCAAUGCUUAUCCGUUCCGCAACGAAAACUCUCCACCACUCACCACCCCAAUCGCCCCUCCACCUGGGCUUGGUCCACCAGUCAUGAAUGCAGCUGAGCCUCUCAGGGUGUCUUUAGCUCAUUCAUACACCCCACGGCCUGCCAUCCCCAGCCUCCCUAGCAUUUGGACGCCGCUGAGAGACACCGUCUCUCCACGUACGCCUCCUGGCCUUGGUCCACAACCUGGCCAGCGAGCUUCACUGCACCCUAUAGCUUCUGGGAAUGUCAUGCCCCCUGAGCGCUCAUCGUCGCAAGUUCAGCUAGCAAAUGAGCUCAUGCUCCGACAGCACCUGUUGGCCCAGACCCAAUUUUCAAACCCGCAGGAUGUAGGAUCAAUGCCCACGACGUGGGCGUCAUCGAACAUGCCUUAUGCUCGUCCCGCCGCCAGCGGCUGGGGUCUUAACCGAACGACGUUUGGUGCAUUCGAAAUCCCGAGCCAAACGACGUCCAGUAGCCUAGGACAUCCCUCAUGGGCCAAUGAAGCUUUCAUCGCCAGCAGCCUUUCUGGGGCAACUCCUUACAGCUCCGAGAUUGGAGGUCGCAAGCCUGCAACACAGCUUGGAGCCGUUGGCCAAACCCCACCAUGUGGUCAAGGAGGCUGA